AUGCUAUUGAAAACCUCGAAUAUCAAUAAAAUAUUUUUAAUUCUAGAAUUAACGCAAAUACCAUUUGCAUACAAUUUAAUUUACACGGUUCUUAUAGUUUCAUUGGUUAUCAUUAUCUGUAAUUUUAUUGGAUGUGCAUACAUUAUUUUACGUACAUACCUAAGAUGGAGGAAAUCUCGUUCAGCAAUUCCUAUGUCACUUAGAUUUCCAUAUUAUAUUGCUUUGACAGGUAAAUUAGGGUAUGGUGCAGCCUAUAGAGAGCCUCUAGAAUCUCCGGCUUGUGAAGUAAUUAGUUCAUUAUUAGUUUUUUCAACAGCUUUAACUAUACAUUUGGUUGCUGCUAUAUCAGUCACUACCUGGUUGAGAGUGGUUAGAGAAGUGAAUAUUGAUUUUGGGAAGUACGAUUAUAAAUUAUGGGUACCAGUAUUUUCAAUAGCUAUCAUUGAUAUGUCACUUUCAGUUCGUGGUACUCCAAAACAGAAAUAUUGGUGUGCACCUGAUGAAAGCAAUGAAAUUUUUUCAACGAUGAUUGUUGUGUCAAUAUUAUCAUUAUUAUCGAUUAUAAUAUUUUGUUAUCUUUAUGUUUUAAUUUUAAUUAAAAAGGCUGAUCAUAACAGUAGUAUUAGUAAUGGUAGCGAAGGUACAACAAUAAGCAAUAGUUUAUUAAAAGAUAAACUUGAAAGAAAGGUUUACAAAAAAGUUAUGACCUAUAUUUUAGUGUUUAUUUUACAAUAUACUUCUGCCUUGAUUAAUAAGAUAGCAAACCUUUUGAAUCAUAAAUAUGAACUUUUAGCUAUAAUUGCUCUAGGCUAA